CCGCCUCCCUGCGCAGCGCGAACAUGGCGGCGGCGGCGGCGAGGGACUGAGGGGCUGACGGGCUGGGGGACUGACGGACUGAGCAGCGCCAGCGCUCGGCGGCCGCGCAGGUUCUGCUAUGCCGCAGUGUUUGUACUGACUCUGCUGUCUUGGAGGAGUGAUGGGGAACUAGAGCCCAUGACAGUUCAGUGGAGCCCUUGGCACUUUUGAUAUCUCGACACCUUCAGUUCUCUAAGAGCAAGCCAGUCCCGGGAUCAGGGCAGCAGCAGGUGGUAGAAUGCGGAAACCAGGCCCUCAGAAAGCCAUAGACUGGAAAGAUGGUAAGAAGCACAAGCACAGCCGCCCGUCAGAGUCUCCCUCCCAGUACCAAGGUCACUUCACCUGGGAGAAAUACCUGAAAGAGACAUGUGCCAUCCCAGCUCCUGCCCAUUGCUUCAAGCAGUCAUACACUCCCCCUGCCAACGAGUUCAAGAUCAGCAUGAAGCUGGAGGCCCAGGACCCCCGGAACACCACGUCCACGUGCAUCGCCACCGUGGUGGGGCUGACGGGUGCACGGCUGCGCCUGCGCCUCGACGGCAGCGACAACAAGAACGACUUCUGGCGCCUGGUGGACUCUGCUGAGAUCCAGCCCAUUGGGAACUGUGAGAAGAAUGGAGGCAUGCUGCAGCCUCCCCUGGGCUUCCGGCUGAAUGCCUCCUCCUGGCCCAUGUUCCUCCUGAAGACUCUGAAUGGAGCAGAGAUGGCUCCUGUCCGGAUUUUUCACAAGGAACCACCAUCUCCAUCCCAAAACUUCUUCAAGACAGGUAUGAAGCUGGAGGCAGUGGACAGGAAGAACCCUCACUUCAUCUGCCCGGCCACCAUUGGGGAGGUGAGAGGUUCUGAGGUCCUCAUAACAUUUGAUGGCUGGAGAGGUGCCUUCGAUUACUGGUGCCGAUAUGAUUCCCGGGACAUCUUUCCCGUAGGCUGGUGCUCGCUGACUGGAGAUAAUCUGCAGCCCCCUGGUACAAAAGUUGUGAUUCCAAAGAGCCCUUUACCUGCCUCCGAAGUAAACUCGGAGAAACCUAGCAUGCACAGUAGCACAAAGACUGUUUUGGGGCAUCAACAAGGGCAAAGGCGUCGCAAAACAGGGAAGAAGCGUGGUCGAACGACCAAAGCGCUAAUCCACCACCCCAUGCCUGCACCCUCCAAGUCAGUGGAGCCUUUGAAAUUCCCCAGAAAGAGAGGCCCCAAGCCUGGCAGUAAGAGGAAACCUAGGACAUUGCUGAACCCAGCACCCACCUCUCCAACCACCAGUACCCCAGAGCCAGACACAAGCACUGUGCCCCAGGACGCUGCUACAAUCCCCAGCUCUGCCAUGCAGGCUCCCACAGUUUGCAUUUACUUGAACAAGAAUGGCAGCACUGGGCCCCACCUAGACAAGAAGAAGGUUCAGCAGCUGCCAGACCAUUUUGGACCAGCUCGAGCUUCUGUUGUCCUGCAGCAAGCAGUACAGGCCUGCAUUGACUGCGCUUAUCAUCAGAAAACAGUCUUCUCCUUCUUAAAACAAGGCCACGGGGGAGAGGUCAUCUCAGCUGUGUUUGAUCGGGAACAGCACACUCUGAACCUGCCAGCAGUAAACAGUAUCACCUACGUCCUCCGCUUCCUGGAGAAGCUGUGCCACAAUCUGCGCAGUGACAACCUCUUUGGGAACCAGCCUUUCUCUCAGAACAGCCACAUGCAGCGCUCACACGAGUACGACCACGACAGGUAUCUACCAGACAGAAGCAGUUCGUUAGACGGCUCUCUGCAGGGACCAGGCCGGGGUACAAAGCGCUAUUCCCAAGAUUCCCCUCCAUACACUGCUCCUCUCUCCCCCAAGUUACCAAAGAAUGACCGUCACCCUUUGGAAGGUGAAACCUUUGUCCUGGGAGAUGGCCUCCCAGGGCCCUUGGAGCCUCGCCUGGACCCUAUGGACUCUGCCUUGAACUCUGUCAAUUCCUCCAGCCACAGCAGGAGCUCCAGAGACUAUCACCUGCCAGGAUACAGGCACCUGCACCAACCCUCGAGCCUCAGCCAGGGCAGCAGCUCUGCCCUGCGCAGGCUUAGCUCUGGGGGGUCCGACAGGUACCUCGGCUCUCGGGACGGGCCCCGGCUGAGCAGCCGCGACCCCUCGUCCUGGACGGUGGAGGAGGUGAUGCAGUUCAUCCGCGAGUCCGACCCUCAGCUGGGCCCCCACGCGGACCUGUUCCGGAAACACGAGAUCGACGGGAAGGCCCUGCUCCUGCUGCGGAGUGACAUGAUGAUGAAGUACAUGGGGCUGAAGCUGGGGCCAGCCCUGAAGCUCACUUACCACAUCGACAAGCUAAAGCAAGGCAAGUUCUGAGAGGACACUUGACAGGACAGAUCCCGGAAGCUCCGCUCCUGGCCACCCCCACCCGCGCUCACCUGCCAACAGGUUCGCAUGCACACACCCCAUUUACACCGCGGACAGACGGACAGACGGACAGACGGACACCUCGCUGACAGCCCGGCCCUCCCCGGGAGGGAGCCUGGCACAGUUGGGCUUCACACCAGCCUCGAGCCAUGGGUGUCCUGUUGGAAGCAGAGGGUCUUUCCCAGCACUCCUCCGUGGGCUCCCGGUCCUGCUUGCCUGGGAUGGAGCAGCAGCUCUGGGCAGUGUCUGUGGGGACUGGGCACUCGCACCACCUCUCCUCCCUGUCACCUGCUCGGGGCAUGGGGGGCUGGACGGGGCUGCAGUGGGGCCGUGCCCCUGACUGGGCUCAGCCCUGCGGCACCACAGCGAGCUCGGAGCAUCGACCACCCCGUCCCUGCCUUCCACACCCGUGGGGAGCCCGCGGGCCACUCACCCCCUGAGCUCUGCCUGCCCCUGGCUUCCAGCCCAGCUCCAGCUGGGCACACCAGGCUGGGGGUGGAGGCCUCCAUAUUUAUUCCAGACUGGAAAGGCCACACGGCCUUGGCUGAGAGCGUGGAGUGAGCUGGGAGAGCCGGGGAGCGGGGCUGGGGUGCCCCUGGCAUGGGUUGGAGCUGCCUGGAUGCUGCAGGACUCGGCUGAUCCUUCUCGCCUUUUUUUUUUUAAUUUUCUCUUUUGGGAUUUUUUUUUUACUAAGGAGUUGUGUGUUUAAAGCGAUGAGAUGAUUUUUCUACCUAUGUUGAACUCGCAACUCUUGGUGAUUUUUAGCCAGAGCUGCCAAGGUUUGUCUUCCCAGGGGCACUCCUGCUCCUCUAGAGUUUUGGUCCGUCCCAGCUCAGCGUGUUGAGAGGGUUUUGGGUCUUCCCAGAGGAUCCUGGGGACCCACCCCGAUGUUGCUCUUCCUGUGAGGGCUUUGUCCUGCCCCGGGCCCCUGUUGGUCUCAGGCAGUUUAAUGUAUUUAUUUUUGAUGGCACUUGAGCAGUUCCUACGGUCCCAGACACGUUCCUGCAGCUGCAAGAGGAGUGUGGAGGCCACGGGCUGUGCCACCGCCGUGUCCCGGGGCAGCAGCUGCCAGCUCGGGGCUGCCUGUGGGGCAGGGGCUGCCUGGACCCCCGAGCGGGCUGAGCUGGGGCAGGGCUGGAGGGGCAGGCGAGGGCUGACCCUGCUGUGUCCCCACACACCCCCAGCACCGACCCACACGUGCACAGGCUGCCCCUGCAGGGACCGAAGGGCUGGGACGGGAUCUCCACUCCAAGCACUUGCUCCUCGUGCCCUCCGCUCACCCCCUGCAUCCAGAGCCGCAGCUCAGGCCCCCCCGCCAGCCUCGAGGGGCCCCCGCGGUGACCAACCCUCCAGGCUCUUGCACUGGGUCAGGUUUACCCCUAAGGGGCAAAGUUGAAAAAAAAAAAAAAAAUCCCCCAACCCCCAAAGUACUGAGAAGGCAAAAGGCUCUUUGUGACAGAGCGCAGCCUGUGCUGGGACACCCCUCGGUGUGACCCGCGCUGGUCCCGCUGCACCCGGGGCCUGGCAGGGUAAGCCAGUGCUUUCCUCUGCACUUAUUUUACCUUGAUUUGUUUAUAAAUAAAAGGAUACCAAGUUCCUC